GCCCGAAUCAACCGGCUACAAUAUCAGCAAGUGAUUGGCCACGCAACAGACAUGCAAACAAAUGUAUGAGCGUUCCCACUUUAUCUCCAUUCUCAUGGACCCCAGUUGGGUUAAGGACAGAGAUGGGCGGCAAGGGUGCGGUGAUCGAGCCCCAUGUCUCCGAGUUUGUGACGGGCAUUCUGAACAUCGUGACGAAACUCAUCACAUCUGACGUGGGCACGUUUUACAAUUAUUUGGGGAAGCACAACCCGUGGUGAUAGAAUAAUAUUUGCGAAGUUGUAUAGCCAUCGAUAUAAAUCCCUAUGC